CUGUGGAGUCGAGUGGAACUCCCUUUCCGGGUCGGGGGAACUGAACCUAACCUCAUGCCUGGAGCCUCCGGGGAUCUAGUGGGCUUUCUGCAGCGGGGGAAGGAGGGGCUCCCGCCUCUGGUUUGCCCCGCACAAGCUUGUGCCUCUGUUGGAGGAAGUCGUUUCAGUGCACUCUCCUUUUCAGUGCGUAUUCCCUGCUUAAACUAAAAGGCUGCGGAUGGGCGUAACGGCAUCUCCGUUGUGUUUUUUUUAUGCCUCGGGCAGAGAAAAACCAAAAUUUCAUUUUCAAGAUGGAAAGUCCAUCAGACUCAGCUGCGGUUUUACCUCACACUCCUCAGGUCUCUGCAAUUCCAUCAUCUCCCUAUACAAGUAGUUCACGAAAACAACCUAUGAGUGCAACACUUAGAGAAAGAUUAAGGAAAUCAAGAUCUUCAUUUAAUUCCUGUUACAAUGUGGUGAAACGUCUUAAAGUAGAGAAUGAAGAAAAUGAUCAGACCUUUUCAGGGAAACCAGCAUCUUCCACAGAGGAAAACUGUUUGGAAUUUCAAGAAAGUUUUAAAUACAUAGACAGUGAAUUUGAAGAAAAUAGUUUGAAGAAUCUCAGUGUCUGUGAAUCUCAGUCGCUUAAUUCUGGGUCAUGCAGUGCUCUCCAAAAUGAGCUUGUGAAUGAGAAUCUUCCUAAACAAAGAUUAAGCGAUGAAAAAGCCAAAUUGAUGAAGCAGGUUCAGGAAAAAGAAGACCUUCUUCGGAGGCUAAAACUAGUCAAAAUGUAUAGAUCAAAGAAUGAUCUGUCUCAGUUACAGUUGUUAAUAAAGAAGUGGAGAAGCUGUAGCCAACUGUUGCUUUAUGAGUUGCAGUCAGCUGUGUCUGAAGAGAAGAAGAAACUAAGCCUUACUCAAUUGAUAGACCACUAUGGGUUAGAUGAUAAAUUGCUACACUACAACAGAAGUGAAGAAGAAUUUAUAAAUGUUUAAUUCUUGAUAUUUGCUCCAGAAUAUCUUUGAUAAUGACAACUUAAUUAAAAGAUACUUGUGCAUUUUAAAAGGCAGAUAGAAACCAUUAGGGCUCAGAGGAAGGUAUUCCGAUGCACAUCAGUUAGGGGCACUCUAAUAUAUAAAUUAUAAACUAAGUUCUAAAAGGAAAAUUAGUAUUUUGGAUAGAUUUGCCAAAGAAAAACUGACGUUUAAAUAAUGUUUAAAAAGUUAUUUGGGCAGUUCUGGAAACUAGUUUUAAUACAUUUGUUUUGUUGUGGCAAAAAGUUUUAUUUUAAAUGUCAAAUAUUGUCCAGUCUGAUGAAUGUCUAAAGUUUAAAAAUUUCUGCCUCCUAAGUUUAUGCACCUUGUUUCCAUCCAUUUACCAUAUAUUUUCAUCUAAAAACCUAGCAGGUAAUUAAACUCAUAUGUCCAAAA